AUGAAGACCCGAUCUGUCUUUAUUCCCAGUAAUGGAACAUUUCUGAUCAACAACCUGAUCAGGACUGAUGAUGGUCAAUAUACACUUGAACUCCAGGAUUCAGAUGGACGAGAAACAGCAGAACGAACUCUACAAUUGUUUAUUCAAGCUCCGGUGUCCUCUGUCCUGCUGGUGUCUGAGUGUCUGUCUGAGGGACAGAUGAAGGUGUCCUGCUCCUCUGAGGGAGGGGACAGUCCUCAGUACAGCUGGACUCUGGAUGGAAACACACUGACAGACUCUGAGCUCCUCUCUGGAACCACUGAGACAAACAUCAUCAUCCUGAAACAAAACCUCUCAGGACGUCUGGUCUGCUCAGUCAGGAACCACAUCAGUCGUGUCUCCAAUGAAACGAUAUUAACAACCUGCGAUGGUAAAACCUUCUGUGAUGGCAGACGUGAUGGAGUUCAGUGUUAUGGAGCUCUGGGAGGAACUGUGGUCCUCCAGCUGAUGGACGACGCCUCACAAAUACCCAGAUAUCUAUGGAUAAAAGAUGGAACAACGAUAUUGACUGGAAGAAGGAAUACUAUCAUCAUUAAUACCAUGGAGACCAGAUCUGUCUUUAUUCCCAGUAAUGGAACAUUUCUGAUCAACAACCUGAUCAGGACUGAUAGUGGUCAAUAUACACUUGAACUCCAGGAUUCAGAUGGACGACAAACAGGAAAACAAUCUCUACUGUUGUUUAUUCAAGGUGGUGAAACUUACUGUGAUGGCAGACAGGAUGGAGUUCAGUGUUUUGGAGCUCUGGGAGGAACUGUGGUCCUCCAGCUGAUGGACAAUACCUCAGAAAUACCCAGAUAUCAAUGGAUAAAAGAGGAAACUAUAAUAUUGAAUGGAAAAAAGAAUACUAUCAUCACUAAUACCAUGGAGACCAGAUCUGUCUUUAUUCCCAGUAAUGGAACAUUUCUGAUCAACAACCUGAUCAGGACUGAUGGUGGUCAAUAUACACUUGAAGUCUUUGAUUCAGAAGGACGAGAAACAGGAAAACAAACUCUGCAGCUGUUUAUUCAAGCUCCGGUGUCCUCUGUCCUGCUGGUGUCUGAGUGUCUGUCUGAGGGACAGGUGAAGGUGUCCUGCUCCUCUGAGGGAGGGGACAGUCCUCAGUACAGCUGGACUCUGGAUGGAAACACACUGACAGACUCUGAGCUCCUCUCUGGAACCACUGAGACAAACAUCAUCAUCCUGAAACAAAACCUCUCAGGACAUCUGGUCUGCUCAGUCAGGAACCACAUCAGUCGUGUCUCCAAUGAAACGAUAUUAACAACCUGCAUUGAGUGAGAACUUAUAAUACAAUACAUAUAUAAUAUAAUAUUACUAUAAUACUAUACAAUAAUCCGCCUGAGAGUCAUAACACUGAUUAAAACCAUGCUGUACAUUAAUUAGGGCCCGAGCACUUACAGUGCGAAGGCCCUAUUGUAUCUGCAGGAAUUCUUGUUUUUCUCGUUUUUAUUUUCCUCGUUUUUCUUCCGACAAAAUGGGGGCCUUUUUGCCCCCGUAACGUGCGCCAAAAGUCACCAAAUUUUGCACGCAAGCCAGGCCUGGCGAAAAAUUUGAUAUUUAAUGGUUUGCAUUAAUGGGCGUGGCCUAAUGGCUCAACAGCGCCCCGUAGAAAACUUUGUGCCUCAAGCCCCAUAAUACGGUUUGACGUACAUGCAAGAAAAUCGGUACACACCUGUAUCAUGUUGCAACUUAAAGAAAAGUUUCUUGGCAGCAUGGCCAAAACUGAACAGGAAGUCGGCCAUUUUGAAUUAAUCGUGUAAUUUUGGCGCAAUUUAUGCCAUUUCUUCUGCCGUUUCUUCGCCCGAACCGUAACAUGCACCCAGGUGUGUUAUACAUCAAAAUGUGUCUCCAUCCUGCGACGAUGGGCAUUACUUUUCUCAGUCAAAAGCGUUACCGUGGCGAUGAUAGACGCCAAAAAGCUUUUAAAUGGUUUGAUAUACAGAGUCGUGGGUGGUGUCAUCGAACUCAGUUUUGACUCCUUCACCUUAAUUGGUGCAAAUUAGCCCCUCCCCUUCUUCUGAUUGGUCGAUAUUUGAUAGUUCCUCUUUUCUGCAAUAACUUUUGAAUAACUUUUGACGUAAAGACUUGUGGGUGGUGUCAUUGGACAUGGUUUUGAGUCUUUCACCUUAAUUGGUGCAAAUUAGCCCCGCCCCUUCAUCUGAUUGGUCGAUAUCUGAUAGUUCCUACUUUCUGCCAUAACUUUUGAAUGGUUUAAGAGUCGUGGUUGGUGUCAUCCGCUAAAUGUCCAGGCCUGAAGACAUCUACAUGCAAGUCAUACAAGCACUUCCACUGCAGCACGCCUGAACAUGCACAAGGGUGCGAAGGCCCGUUCAUCGCUGCUUGCAGCUUUAAUUAUUAUUGUUUUCACUUGUAGUCUUCAAAUGAACUAAAUGCACUUCUGAUGUGACACAAAUAUCCAAGAGGAUGUUUAAGGAAAAUAACAACAGUCCUUACAAGAAUUACACAUACUGUAGUAAUAAAAGCUUAAUUUAAAUCUUCUACAAUUAACACAAACUACAAACUGUGAUUUUCUUUUCAAA